AUGGACUCCAAAAGAAGCAUCGUGGCCGCUGUGCUGGCCCUACUUCCUCUCAUUUCCGCGCAACAACCUGCCACAAGUUCUGCUGGUAACCCCAAGCUCACAACAUACAAAUGUACCACUGCCGGCGGCUGUGUUGCGCAGGAUACAUCUGUAGUGCUUGAUUGGGGCUACCACUGGAUCCACACGGUCAAUGGGUAUACAUCUUGUACCACAUCCUCCGGAGUCAACAGCACCCUCUGUCCUGAUGAGGCCACCUGCGCAAAGAACUGCGUGAUUGAGCCAGCCAACUACACCAGCGCCGGUGUGAUCACCUCGGGUGACUCUCUGACUAUGUAUCAAUAUGUCCAGAGCAACGGCGUGUACACCAAUGCCUCGCCUCGUCUCUACCUCCUCGGUCCAGACAAGAACUAUGUCAUGCUGAAGCUGCUAGGCCAGGAGCUCUCCUUUGACGUGGACCUGUCCACGCUCCCCUGCGGCGAAAACGGUGCCCUGUAUCUCUCCGAGAUGAGCGCCACAGGUGGUCGCAACGAAUACAACACCGGAGGCGCCGAGUACGGCUCUGGCUACUGUGACGCGCAAUGCCCCGUGAUCACCUGGAAGAACGGCACCCUCAACACCAGCGGCGCAAGCUACUGCUGCAACGAGAUGGACAUCCUCGAGGCCAACUCCCGCGCCAACUCGUACACGCCCCACCCCUGCAGCGCGACCGACUGCGACAAGGGCGGUUGCGGCUUCAACCCAUACGCUCUAGGUCAGCAGAGUUACUGGAGCCCCGGCGGCACCGUCGACACCUCCAAGCCCUUUACCAUCACCACGCAGUUUGUCACCAACGACGGCACCACCACCGGCACCCUGUCCGAGAUCCGCAGACAGUACAUCCAGAACGGCAAGGUGAUCGCCAACGCUGUGUCCUCCGCUGGCGUCAGCUCCAUCACCGAGGACUGGUGCACGUCCGUCGACGGCUCAGCCGCCACCUUUGGCGGGCUGACCACCAUGGGCAAGGCGCUGGGCCGCGGCAUGGUCCUCAUCUUCAGCAUCUGGAACGAUGCCGGCGGCUUUAUGAACUGGCUCGACAGCGGCAGUUCAGGUCCUUGCAGCAGCACCGAGGGAAAUCCGGACUUGAUCAAGGCGCAGAAUCCCACCACCCAUGUGGUCUUCUCCAACAUCCGCUGGGGAGAUAUCGGAUCGACUUUCAAGGGUUCUGGCGGCUCGGGUACGACGACUACCAAGACUACGACAACUACGACUACCUCCAAGACAUCCACAACGUCGACCAAGACUACCACCAGCACCGCGCCUGGAGCCACGCAAACCCACUAUGGACAGUGCGGCGGACAGGGCUGGACUGGACCCACGGCUUGUGCGUCGCCCUACACUUGCAAGGCUCAGAACCAGUGGUAUUCCCAGUGUCUGUAG